GGAGGAGGCGGCAACGGGAGAGGGGUGGAAUAAGCGGAGCUGCAACUCAAAGGAGGAGGAGCCGGGACUCGGCAGCCAGGAGGUGGGGAAGUGAAAAGGGGCUGAAGCCAUCACGAUCCUCUCUGUGGGCGCUACAAAAGUUUGCCUUCUUUCCUCCGCGGCAAGCCCGAUGUUGUGAUCUGACCUACCAGGGGAUCUGAGAGGGCAGGGGCCCUCAGACAGUUUUCACUUAUCUCUCCCCCCCUCCCCACAGUGGACUUUUGCAGGAAGGAUUCGCGGGGAGUUGGCAAGAAAGGGGAGGCACUCUGAGGAGUCCCCGCGUGUUACAAGGGCCAAGGAAGGAAGCGUACGCGGCGCGAGCGCUUGUCCCGAAGGGGCGUGGAUGUCGCUGGGCUGCGGCUCCGCGACGGCGAUGCUGCCGCCCGCCUUCCUGGUCGCCCUGGCCGGGCUGCUGGCAAGCUGGGCGCCGCUGGCGCAGGGCGCGGCGUGCGAGCCGGUGCGCAUCCCGCUUUGCAAGUCCCUGCCCUGGAACAUGACCAAGAUGCCCAACCACCUGCACCACAGCACGCAGGCCAACGCCAUCCUGGCCAUUGAGCAGUUCGAGCCGCUGCUGCGCAUCGACUGCAGCCCGGACCUGCUCUUCUUCCUGUGCGCCAUGUACGCGCCCAUCUGCACCAUCGACUUCCAGCACGAGCCCAUCAAGCCCUGCAAGUCCGUCUGCGAGAGGGCCCGGGCCGGCUGCGACCCCCUCCUCCAAAAGUUUGGCCGCGUCUGGCCCGAGAACCUGGCCUGCGACGAGCUGCCCGUCUACGAUCGAGGCGUCUGCAUCUCCCCAGAGGCAAUCGUCAGCGCCGAAGGAUCCGAUUUCCCUAUGGAUUCUAAUAAUGGCAGCUGUAGAGACAACGGCACUGAGCGCUGCAAAUGCAAGCCAAUAAAAGCAACCCAGAAGACUUAUCUUCGGAACAAUUACAAUUACGUGAUUCGAGCUACAGUGAAGGAGGUGAAGACCAAAUGUCAUGAUGUCACUGCAGUAGUUGAAGUAAAGGAGAUACUGAAGUCUUCCUUGGUGAACAUUCCUAGAGACACUGUCAACCUGUACACAAAUUCUGGCUGCCUCUGCCCACCUCUCAGUGCUAAUGAAGAAUACAUCAUCAUGGGUUAUGAAGAUGAAGAACGCUCAAGGUUACUCUUGGUAGAAGGCUCCAUAGCUGAGAAAUGGAAGGACCGUCUUGGUAAAAAAGUUAAGCGCUGGGAUCAGAAACUCCGUCAUACUGGAAUGGGCAGAAAUGAACCCGGACAGAGCGAUUCUGCCCAAAAAUCUAGGAGAACCACCAGUCCACAGCAAAGGCACAACUAGAUGCAACAUGUCUCAUGUCAGAAAAAUGAUAAGAAUAAUCAGUGGACUUACAUAAAUUAAAAGGCUUGCCUCGUUGGAGCAGCAAAAGGAGAAAUUGCACUAUUGCACGUUAUAUUCUAUUGUUUACUAUGAGAUCAUGUUGUAGUCAAUAUUAGUUUUAUCUUCUCCUUGUGUUUUCUGGCCUCUUGUAUUUGUAGGAGUAUAAACAUUCAGAAAAAUGGUA